AUGGGAAAACCCUUAAGGUCUGUGAGUCUGACGUCUCUCUACAGUCUGCUGAAGGCUCGACUCUGUCCGUAUUUCUAUCUGUGCUCGUAUCAGUUCACGGUGCUCUUCAGGGCGGCCGGUCUGAGCGGCGCUAAAGGCCUCAGCGCACUGCUGUCCCCCACCACUAGAGGGCUGCGCGAGGCCAUGAAAGCGGAGGGAAUAGAGUUCUCUCUCCCUCUGCUGGCGGAGACGAGGAAGAGCAGAGAGCGCAGUGAGAGCGAGGAGUCUGUAUCAAGUGAGCACAGUGAAAACGAGGAGGAGGAUGAUGAAGAUGAUGACGAUGGUGGAUUUUCCUGGCUGAAGGAGAUGGGCGUCCAAGACAAGAUCAAGAAACCAGAUGCCAUUUCUAUCAAACUUCGUAAGGAGCACAGAGAGGUGCGUUUGGACCACAGACCAGAGUCUGUGGUGUUGGUGGUGGGUUCGAACACCUUCACGCUGCUCAACUUCCUCAUUAACUGUAAGAGUUUGGUGGCUGGAGCCGGUUCUCAGGCGGGGCUUCCUCCAACUCUACUGGCUCCUACAGCCUUCAGAGGGGCCACACUGCACACGCUCAAGGCCCGGACUGUGAAUGUGAAGACUCAGGUGAGAAUGGGCUAUCAGGACGUGUGCAGUCUGGAGGUGACGGGACCCAUCAUGCCCCACACGCUCCAUGCGCUGACGCAGCUCCUCAAACCCGCUCAGAAAGGAGAGUUUUCUGUGGGUCUCUACACCCACGAGCCCACGGCCGUCCUGAACUUGCCCCUCAGCCAGACCUCUGAACCUCAGCAGCUGGAGUCUGUGGUACAGGAUCUGGGCCGAUGUGGCCUCCAGCAGAGCUCCAUUCAGCAGCUGGCGACGCCGAGCAUGCUGGGAAAGAGUGCGCUCAGACAGCUGCACAUGAGAGACUAUUCGUACAGCUGGAAGUCCUGAGAUCCGGCUCUGGGAGAACAUUAAUAGAGAGCUGACAAGCCCUGUCUAUUAAUAUCUGUGGCUUCCUGUGACGCUUACUUACUCGCUUCUUCUUUAUAGAGACUGGGCUUGAAUAUAGUGUAGCUUUUAGGAGUUUGGACGGUCUAACUUGUUGUUUUAAAUCAGUUAUAUUUUUAUGGGCUGCAAUGUUUUAGACUGCAUGUGUGAUUUACAGUUUAAUUUUUAAUCGGUGUCUCUUGAUGAGAAACAACUCAUGACUUCCUUGGGAAGGAACAUGUAAAACUGUUAAAAGCUCUCAUGAUUAUAUUUUUGACUGUUGAAAUCCUUUUUGCCAGUGUAUUUAUCACACUUGUAUUAAUUUAUUAAAUGAAUAAGCUGAAAAACUUUUAUAAAUA